UAGAUGUUUGUGAAAUGCCAGCUGGAAUUCACAUCAACUGGGAUGUUUUCAAGCCGAUGCAUAAUCUCAGUUUUCUUAAGAUAUACAACUCUAAGCAACAGAGAGGUUUAGAACCUGAGAAGGAAGAUAUGAUUCUAGAGGACUAUUUGAGUGUACAUAAGCUUAGGUUACUACAUUGGGAUGCAUAUCCUUUUACAACCUUGCCUACCAGUAUCAGUCCAGAUUGUCUUGUUGAGCUUAAGCUAUGUAACAGUAAGCUCAAAACCCUUUGGAGUGGCACACCGAAACUUGUGAAUCUGGUGAAACUAGAUUUGACCGGGUCUAAGGAUCUAAAAAAACUUCCAAUUCUUAAGGAAGCAAAGUAUCUAGAGGAGUUGAUACUGAAAGGUUGCAGCUCCUUGGAACAGAUUCCACAAUCCAUAUGCAAACUAUCUAGACUGCAGAAAAUUGAUGUGUCCAACUGUGAUGGGCUUGAAAAGCUGAAAAUCAGUAUAUCAGAAUCUAAAGACAGAACAAGCAUGUGCCUUAGAUCAGUCCACAUGUUUUUCUUUGGCACGGAGCCGUUUGUGGGUAAUACUCAGGGAUGCUCUCUUACAGACCCAUCAAUCAGCGGCAACUUACAAAUCUACUUGGAGCUUCUUGAAGGAUCUGCAGAGUAUCUAUCUUUUGUUUCUGAGCACGUCUCUCAUGAACUGGAGCUCAAGCGACCUCCCUACGGUUUUAAAUCACUGGACAUCUUGCGGUUUGAGUGGAGCGAGUACGGUGGUGAUUUCAAAUGUAAUAGCUUUUCAAGGUUUCCCUGGUUACAGGAGUUAAAUCUCAUCAACCUAAACAUCAAGAAGAUCCCAGACGACAUUGACCACAUGCAAGUCCUAGAGAAACUGGACCUCAGUGGGAAUAUGUUUAAGAGGUUACCUACAACAAUGAGUCGCCUUACCAAGUUGAAGCAUUUGACGCUUGCCAACUGCCGCAGCCUUGAAGUAUUGCCACGACUAUCUCAGGUGGAGAGUCUAACUCUUUCUGACUGCACCAACCUACGAACUCUGGUGAAGAAAGAUCAAGGACAAGGACCAUACAAUCUGGUUGAGCUUUGGCUUGACAACUGCAAGAAAAUUAAGUCAUUACCAAAUGAGCUUAAGCAAUGCACCAAGUUGACGUAUUUAGAUCUCAGCAGGCAAGAUUUCAAGAUAAUACCAAUAUACUACCUGACCUCCUUGGUAACUCUCAACCUCAAUUACUGCAACAACCUCGAAUCACUGACAAUGCUUCCACUGAGUCUCAAGUGCAUAAAUGCACAUGGCUGCAAGUCUCUAAAAACUUAUUCCUAUCUGGCGGAGCAUUCUAUUGAUCACCUAGAUCUUAGCCCUUGCCCCAGGGGGAAGGACUAUAGUACAUUCACUAGGUUUCCAGCUGGAAAACGCAGUCAAGAGGUUCCAGUAUGUGCUUGUACUUCUUUCCGUGAAACAACAACACGGAGUGAGGAUAAACAUGCGACUUGUAGUCACUUGUCAAUCUUCUUGGGGCGUUUAAAGUCACUGCUGUGGAACUUCUUCCUGUGCAUAUUGGCUGUGGUUCUCUGUGUUCUGCUUCUGGUGAUAACCGAUCCUCUCACCGCAACUACAUUACUAAUGAUUUUCUUGUAUCGGAGGUUGUAAGAAACUCCAAAGGAGGUGUAUGAGUGUUUCAUUAACACUUUAUGUUUCAGUUACUGAACCAGAAGAGUUAUUGAAAGAUUAAUUUCAUUA